AUGAUCACGAAUUUCUUCAAGCCUCAAGCUCCUUCAAAUACUAUUCCUAGCUCUCCUUUGCCAAGUUCUCAUUUUCCAAGUUCUUCGUCGCCUGUCAAUCUUUUCAAUGCAUCGGAUAAUGACAAAGUGUUGGCUGAUUUGGAUCUUAAAUCAGAUCCUGCUGAAAGAAAACAAAUGUCGAAAUUUUCUCCUAAUAUACGUGACCGAGUGAGGAGAUAUUACAUACUAAAGAAACCUUGCCAACCUGAAGAAUUUGAAUUUCCAAGUAGAGAUAUUGGAGGAGAAUUGUGUCGUUUUAAUCCCGAUUGGUUUGACGAUCCAUAUUCUCAAUGGUUAGAAUAUAGUGUUAAAAAAGAUGCAGCAUUUUGCUUAUGUUGUUACUUGUUUAAAAAUGAGUUUGGAGGAUAUGGAAGAAAAGUAAGUGAUGCUUUCACAACGAAAGGUUUUCGAAAUUGGAAUAAAUGUAUAGAAAGGCUUAAAAAGCAUGUGGGAGAAGUGAAUAGUGUUCAUACUCGAUGUUUCAUGAUGAUGCUAGAUUUGAUGAAUCAAGAACAAUCUAUUCUAACUUCAUUUGACAAGCCUUUUGAGAAAUUUAAAGGUGAUUAUCGGGUUCGCUUGAAUGCUUCGGUUGAGACAAUUUAA